AUGGCCGCAAUUUCACCAGAACAACUAGCGCAAAUUACUGCCGCCGUUGCUGCUGCAUUUCUACAAAUUGACCAGACUAGAGCUACGCCGUUAACAACACCGUCAGUAAAUCCAAACAUCCCCCCAUUCGAGCAGUAUGACGCCAAGAAGGAAGACUUCAAGUUAUACAGGGAACGAUUCGAAAAUUACUUGCGCAUGAAGGAAGUGUUUGAUAACAAGACCAAGUCCGCUUGCCUACUUCUAGGGUCUAUUGGAGCGACACACUACCAGACAAUAAAUGCCUUAGUAGCGCCACAAAAGCCAUCCGAACUAUCAUACGAUGAGCUGAUUACCCAUUUAGAGAAACAUUUGUCACCUGAGCGGAACAUGCUCGUGGCCCAACACUAUUUUUUAUCAACUUACCAGUCUGGAAAACAGAGCAUCAGUGAAUACGUUACUGAACUGAAGAAAAAUUUAGGGGCAUGCAACUUCCUGGCAAAGUGUCAAUGUACUCAAGAGGUUUCAACAGCGGAACAAUUUUUAAGAGCGCAGUUUAUUCGAGGGUUGAAAGAUACCUGGAUCACCGAGCAGUUACUCCAGUCAAACCUCACAGAAUUUAACGAAAUCGUGAAAAAGGCAAUAGCUUUAGAAGCAGCUCGAACUGAUAGUCAAAAUUUAGCGAAAACUUCAACUCCAUCAACAAAUACAUCAAUAAAUAGUGUGAUUCCGAGCAGAGAAGGACAAUUUACGAGACGUCAGAGCCAAAAUUCUCAGCACAAUCGAAAGCCGGAUCAUAAUCGUCAUAGGUCAUCAUCACGCAACUAUCGACAACAGUCACACCAAAAUCGUAAUUCUUCACGAGGCCGGGUAAACUACCGUGAGUUAGGAAUUGACAAUAUGUGCUUAUUCUGUGGUCGUGACAACCAUACGUCAAAAGACUGUCGUGUACAACAAACAAACUUAAAGUGUACCGGUUGUGGCAAACAAGGACAUGUUGCGAAUGUUUGCAUUUCAACGUUAAUCAAAUCAAAACGUGAUAGUAGUGCACAUAAUACUACCUACAACAUUGAUAAUUUCAGUGUGAAUCGUAUUGAAGAUGUAUAUUCAUCCGAAGGAGACGAUACCCGUAAAUACUACACAUUCAUCAAUGUCGAAGGACAAGCAAUUCAAUUUGAGGUCGACUCCGGAGCGGGAUUCACGUUACUUCCAAAAGACCUUUUCGAUAAACUUAACUGCAAGCAAAAACUGAAACCGUCUAACCUAACAUUUCGUACUUACACACGUCAAACCUUUCAACCACAUGGGAAAGUACAAGUAAUGGUUCAAUACCACAAUUAUCAAAAUCCCACAUUAGAGGAUCUAUACGUAGUGCCUGAGGGGUAUGAUCCAUUAGUAGGUCGCGAAUGGAUUCGCCAUCUAAACAUUCAAUUACAGGAAAUCGAUAAACAGACCAGUAAAAAAUUAACACAAAUCCAUAGUGAUUACAUAAAUUCAAUUGAGUCGGUGCGUGAACAAUUUCCCAAUAUCUUCGAACAAAAAGUGGGAUGCGUUCCGAAUGUAGUGAUUAAGUUAGCGCUUCGCGAUAAUGUCAAACCUGUGUACACACGAGAACGGAGUGUUGCAUAUGCGUUACGCGAUAAAGUUAGUCACGAAUUAGAAAUGUUAGAAUCUGCCGGAAUUAUAAGUAAAUGUGAUGUAAGUGACUGGGGUUCACCACUUGUGGUGGUACAAAAACCACAAGGAGGUGUGCGGCUUUGUGUCGAUUAUAAAGUUGCCGUAAAUGACAGUUUAGUGAACGUGAACUACCCCAUUAAGCGCGUAGACGAAGUCCUUAACAGUUUGCGGGAUUCGUCCUACUUCUGUAGACUCGACCUUUAUAAGGCAUAUUUACAUUUACGUGUAGACAAAGACAGCAGGGUAAUACAAACUAUGUCUACCCACCAGGGGACAUAUCAUGUAAAUCGUUUGAAUUUCGGAAUUAAAACGGCUCCAGCUGAGUUUAACCGAGUCAUUGAUCAGAUUCUACGGGACUGUCCAAAAACAACCUCAUAUUUUGACGACAUAAUUGUGCAUGGUAACUCUUACAAAGAAUGCUACAGCAAUUUAAUUAAAUGCUUAACCAAAUUGCAAGAAAACGAUCUUCACCUGAACGAGGCAAAGUGCAGUUUUUUUCAGAACGAAAUCGAGUAUCUAGGAUACAUCAUAAGAAAAAACACCAUUGCAAAGUCACCCGAUAAGGUAAAAGCCAUAUUGAACAUGCCUAAUCCGAAAAGUGUUGCAGAUGUCCGGCGAUUUCUCGGCAUGAUAACUUAUUACGCAAGAUUACUCCCAAAUCUAUCGAGCAUGACUACACCUUUACGAAAAUUAUUACAACACGAUAAUCAGUUCUUGUGGAAUCAAGAGUGCAACCAAGCAUUCAACAAUUUGAAAAUGGAAAUUGCCAGUGACCGAGUUGUUGUACCGUAUGACCCCGAGCAACCAGUUUUAUUAACCACCGAUGCCAGUCCAUAUGGAAUUGCAGCUGUGUUAUCCCAUUCUACAGCCAACGAUGAACGUCCAAUUGCAUUUGCGUCCCGAUCCUUAACCAGGGCCGAGCAGAAUUAUUCCCAGCUCGAUCGAGAAGCAUUGGCGAUCGUUUAUGGUGUUAGUCAUUUUCAACAGUAUUUAAUUGGAAAAAGCUUUACACUGAGCACCGACAAUCAACCUUUAGUGCGGAUUUUUAACUCGAAAUCAAAAGCAUCGAAAACCACAUCGUCACGCCUCAUUCGCUACGCUUCAUUUUUAUCAACGUUUGAUUAUAAAGUACAGUUUAAGAAAGGCAUCGAUAACACCAACGCUGAUUGUUUAUCACGAGCACCACUACAUGAUGACAAAGGAAAAAUUGAAACAGCAUUUGACGAAGAACUCGAUCAAGUUAACCACGAACAGGUAUUCAAUAUCUCGACAGACCAAAUAGGAUAUGAGCGUAUAAAGUACGAGACUGGAAGGGAUUCCGAAAUGUGCAAAAUUAUCGAACAAAUGAAGACUCAACGCAUCGAAUCUGAAUUCCUUUUAAACGACGGAGUCUUAUACAGGAGCCAUAGGAUUGUCAUACCGAAGACAAUGCAAGCUGAUAUUUUAAACGACUUACACUCAACACACCUAGGGAGCACCAAAAUGAAACAGCUGGCACGACGCUAUUGUUAUUGGCAAAACAUCGACAAAGAAAUUGAAAACAUCGUUCGAGCAUGUGAAGAAUGCAAGAAAAGGCUCCAUUCACCACCCAAAGCUGAAGUCCAUCGCUGGGAACUACCUCAAGAGAAUUGGGACAGGGUACAUAUCGACUACGCAGGACCCAUCGAUCAUGUCUACAUCCUCUUAUGCAUAGAUGCGAAGUCAAGGUGGGCCGAAAUGGAAGUCCUACGAGAACAUCCUAAUUCAGAAAACACCAUGGAACUUUUAAACAGAAUUUUCUCUCGAAAUGGAUAUCCAAAAGAAAUGGUAUCAGACAAUGCCACAAUUUUCACGAGUAACGAGUUCAGAACGUAUUGUAAGAAUAACGCUAUUUUCCAAAAAUUUAUCGCACCAGGACAUCCUGCCACGAACGGACUGGCCGAGAGAAAUGUACAAACUCUCAAAAACAAAUUAAAAUCAAUGUCAACGGAAAGGAUCCCAUUGGAAACAAAAAUUAUGAAAAUAUUAUUCCGAUAUCGAGCGACACUGUUACUAAAUGGAAAGACACCAGCAGAACAAUAUUUAAACAGAAAAUUCAGAAUCCGUUUAGACUCAAUGUUUCUUCAUAUUCCUACACCGAAUCAAGACCUGCAAAAACGUCGUGCACGUUCACAUCAAGCGGGAGAGGACAUUGUAGCCGAAUUUUACAUACAAAACAAACGGACCUGGAAGCCAGGAACGGUAGUAAAAUGCCUAGGGAAAUUACAUUACCUUGUCCGAUUAGAAAACGACCGAAUAGUGAAACGACACGUAAACCAGCUCAGAAGAAAUGCACCUAAACAAGUAACCUUCAACCUACCAGAGGAGCCACAAAUCCAAAAACCAUUGGAAUAUGAAGAAGAAUACCAACCUGCCAUUUUACCACGUAGUUUAGAUCGACAAGAAAUGGAGCAGAUUCUGAUUCCAGAAGCAGAUCGUCCAGAACCACCACGAAGAUCAAAUCGAAACCAUAGACCACCACCCUACCUGAGCGAUUACCAGAUGAAUUAUAUAGCAGGGGAGACUGUAGUGAAUAUUAAGAGGUCUCCACUGGUAAAAACAAGCGUACCAACUGACGCUUCCUGUUAG